CGCAGUGGCUUUCGUAAAGUGUUAAAGUGGCUCUCAAUUAGAGUUUUGUUGGGAUUUUUUUUUUCAUUUUUCGGUUCUCUUUAAAUGUCAGAAAAUUGUUCGAAACGUGGCGCCAAAAGGACGAAGCGCUAGAUUACAUCACGGCGUGACGUCAGCAACGACAAAUUAUAUCGUAGAUUCUCUCCAGGUCUCAGAGCAGCGCGCGUACUCUAACGGAGCUGACGUAUCCGAGCAUCUUUCCCUCCUCACCAUGAUUUGCAGUUUCGAUUUUAAAUAAACGUCGAGAACUAUCAAAAAUAAAUUUAAAAAAAACAAACAAAAAAAACAUGGGUUGCGCCGGUUCGUCUAUGAGCAAAACGGAAGGAAAAAAUAAGAGCCAGGAUGCCAUGAGCAAUGCCGAAAAAUCAAUGAAGGCUGCUCUUCUGAUACAGAGAUGGUAUCGGAGAUACUUAGCACGGUUAGAAGUAAGAAGAAGAUGCUCUUGGACCAUUUUUCAGUCUUUGGAAUAUGCUAACGAACAGGACCAACUCAAACUUCAGCAAUUUUUCAACGAUCUCUUAACCCACUUUUCUGCAGCCAAGCACACAUUAAGCCCUAUUAUAACUACGAGUCUUCAGCAGUCGCUUAGAGGACAACCGAAACAAUUAAUUUUGGCCGAACAAGAAGAUUUAGAAUUGUACGAAGCCACGAAACCGGAAUCGGUUAGAUUGGAAGAAUCGUAUCCAGGACCUCAUUUAAAAUCUCCACUUUCGGCCACCGACGUUACUAAUGUAGUCGAGGCUUUCAAACAACACAAGCUACUUCAUCCCAGAUACGUGUUGACCGUUCUCCACGAAGCCAGGAAGGUCCUGCGAUGUAAACCCAACAUCAAUUUGGCAUCCACGGCUCUCUCUCAUCAGAUUACAGUCUGUGGAGAUCUGCACGGCAGCCUGGAGGAUCUCUUGACCAUUUUUUAUAAGAACGGACUUCCGGCUCGACACAACCCUUACGUGUUCAAUGGAGACUUUGUCGAUCGCGGUUCACACUCUAUAGAAAUCCUCAUACUUCUUCUCAUGUGUUUGAUUGUCUGGCCAGAUUCUGUUUAUCUCAAUCGUGGAAACCACGAAGAUUUCGCCGUUAACAUAAGGUACGGUUUCGUGAAAGAGAUCAUGUACAAAUAUAUGAAACACGCGGCUAAGAUAGCCCAGGUGACGGAGGACGUUUACAGUUGGUUACCCCUGUGCACGGUCAUCGACAACAAAGUAUUCGUGGUGCACGGAGGCAUCAGUAGCGACACUGAUCUCAAAGUAAUAACGUCGCUGGACAGGCAUCAGUACGUGACUAUACUUCGCGCCUCUUCCCUCAACGACACGCCGUCGGGUGCUAAGGAAUGGAAACAGUUGGUGGAUUUAUUAUGGAGUGAUCCUCGACAUCAAUCUGGGUGUCGUCCCAACACCAUGAGAGGAGGAGGAUGCUUCUUCGGACCCGAUACGACGGACGCUUUUCUGCAUAAACACAAGUUGGAGAGAAUCAUCAGGUCGCACGAAUGUAAAAUCGACGGUUACGAAUACGCUCACAACAAUAAGGUGAUGACUAUUUUCUCCGCAUCGAACUACUACGACAUAGGAAGCAAUCGUGGAGCAUACGUAAAACUGAUGGGGGAGACGUUGGAAACGCAUUUGGUUAUGUACCUGAGCAUCAGCAACACCAAGACCACCACCAUAACUCAAAGACAGAGUUAUUUGGAAGAGUGCGCUCUGAAAGAAUUGAAAAAGCGCAUUUGCGCCUCGCAGACCAUCAUCGGACCGCACUUUCAAAAAUUAGACGUCGACAAUUCAGGUAAAAUAUCAAUUAGCGAUUGGUGUUCGGUUAUGGAGAAAGAAGUGGGACUCAAUUUACCGUGGAGACUUCUCUGUCACAAAAUGGCGCAGUGUGAUUUGGAACAGGGAACCGUCGACUAUAAUACGACUUUCGACGAUUUUUGUUUUAGUAAUAUUCCUUCCGAAGGUCCUUCUAUCAUGGAAACUUUAUACAGAAAUAAGGAAAAUCUGGAAACGAUAUUUAGGGUUAUGGAUAAAGAUGGAUCCGGUCUCAUUUCUAUGGAGGAAUUUACAGAAGCUUGCCACCUGUUGAGUCAGUACAUGGGAAACCCCAUAUCUUCGGAAAACAUAGAUAACCUGGCCCGUAACAUGGAUCUGAACAAAGACGGUUUCAUCGAUUUUAACGAGUUUCUAGAGGCUUUCCGAUUGGUUAACAGAUCUCGUCGUCAGAGCUCUUCGAAAGGUUCCUUCAAAGAGAAUUCGCUACGAGACGGCAUCAACGAAAAGCUCUCGCCCUCGUGACGUUGCUUGGGAAACUUUCCAAAACACGUAUCUGUGAUGUUCAGUAUUAUGGCAUAAACCAAAACCUCGUUUAGAUGUUUGAAUGGAUAUUUUAUAAAUGUUUAUUGUACAGAAAAUGAUCCCCUUCUCUCUUAUACUCGAUCUUCCCUUUCGAUUUAUCGAUCUUCCAUGUAUAAUGUCUUUUGUGUAUCUUAUAUUUUCUGCAGAUUUAACUUAAUAAAAUUUAUAAUUCUUGUUGUAAAGUUUUAAAUCGGACGAUACAGUUGCCUUUUUUUUUCCUCCUGCCAAUUUUUCAAGUAAAAAAAAAAAACCGCCAUUUUCGCAAAGAUACACGCAGUAAACUACAGGAGAAAAUUAUUUUUAAUUUAUCAUCCUGGUAACGUCACAUGUAUAACUCUGUUUUUGUUACAUCAUCCUCUUUGCUUCCAUAAAUCUGCUACAAUUCGUUAUGACGCGAAUAGCAGAUUUUAUGGAUAAUAAUGUGUCGUGUCGCGAUUAACAAAAUAAAAAUGAAUCUUCUCACGUCAUACAGAAGUUAACCUUAUUAAAGCAAUAAAUUCCUUCUUCAUCUGAUAAAAAAAAAUAAACAGAUGAUGGAAAAUGUUACCGUAACGAACACGGAAACCGUUGUUAUAUUUGGAUUUCGCAAAUAAUAAUCGUUCUUCUGCAAAAUCUAAAUAAUAAUACAAAAAAACAAAUAACAAUACAAUAGAAACAUCGCAAAACAAAUAGAUAAUAAUACGAAAAAAUUCAACGAAAACAAAAGAUCCGCCAUAUCAGGAGUCGAGUGUAGAAUUCUUUCAAACUGAAGAACUGUAACACCGAAGCUUUAUUCGAGGCUGGUGCCUAAACAUCUCGCAAAAAGAAAAAAAAAAUGGUGACGAAAAUUGGAUUCCGUACUCACCAGGUACCAAGCAGCAAUAAAUGCAACGCAGACAAACCGACUGGCCAAAAACAAAGAAAAUAAUGCAGGCGCUUCCAGGGACAAUAGUUUAGCUCCCCGCAAAUGCUGGAAAUAUCCCCAGAGGCCCCAAAAUCUGAAGAAGUGAGGUCUAGAUGCCUCAAGAUACUAUAGGAGAUUAUGCGAUCAACAAAGACUCCAUCCAAAUACUUCAGUCCAAAAAUUGGAAUGUCUAUUGGCAGGCAGUAAUGCCAUCAACUGCAAAGUGGAAAUGCGGCAUAUACAACUUAUGGAUCUUGCACGCAAUGCCAGACUUAUAACUUUAAAGUCGUUACAAAUUUCUCACUGGACAUUUUAGACACCAUGUAUAUGUUGU